AUGUCCCACUCUCGAAACCCCUCCAAAACCGAACUUCCAACCCGCGAGAAAGAGCCCAAGACUGAAGCUGGACAGAAGAUGGCGUCCAAAGCUGCACCCGAGAAACCAAUUGGCAAGGCGGAAGCGAAACUUCCUCAGAAAACAGGGGGAAAGAAAAAAAAGAUGGAAGGUGCAGCGCUGAUUGGGAUUGACGUGUCCAAAGACGUCGACUUUUCGGAGUGGUAUCAGCAGGUCUUGCUAAAGGGAGACAUGCUCGACUACUACGAUAUCUCUGGCUGCUACAUCCUCAAGCCUGCGUCACAAUUCGUGUGGGAUGAGGUUAGAGCCUGGUUUGACCUCAGGAUCAAGAAGAUGGGGGUCAAAAACUGCUCCUUCCCUCUUUUUGUCUCCGAGGACGUGUUGAACCGUGAGAAGGCUCAUAUCGAGGGCUUUGCAGCCGAGGUGGCAUGGGUCACGCACGGAGGCAGUACCAAGCUGGAGAAGAAAAUCGCCAUUCGUCCAACUUCUGAGACUGUCAUGUACCCCUACUACGCCAAAUGGAUUCAAAGUUACCGUGACUUGCCCCUCAAACUCAACCAGUGGAACUCUGUUGUCCGAUGGGAGUUCAAGCAUCCGCAGCCAUUCUUGCGUACGCGGGAGUUUCACUGGCAAGAGGGCCAUACGGCACAUCUGACCGAACAGGAUGCGGGAAAGGAAGUCCUGGAAAUCCUCGAUCUGUACGCCCAGAUCUAUGAAGAGCUUCUCGCCGUCCCUGUCAUCAAAGGAAGGAAGACCGACAAGGAGAAAUUCGCCGGAGGACUGUAUACCACGACCGUAGAAGGGUACAUUCCCGCCACGGGUCGUGGUAUCCAAGGAGGCACCUCGCAUUGUCUCGGCCAAAACUUCAGCAAAAUGUUCGGCAUCACCGUGCAAGAUCCCAACGCAAAGACGGAGGAAGAAAAGAAGAACCAGCUGUACGUCUGGCAGAAUUCCUGGGGUCUGUCGACUCGUGUCAUUGGUGUGAUGGUGAUGAUCCAUGGUGAUGACCGUGGUCUAGUCAUCCCACCUCGUGUCGUCGAAGUCCAGGUCGUCAUCGUGCCGGUCGGAGUGACAGCCAAGACCACGGAGGAGGAGAGAGAAGCAUUGUACAAGGAGAUCCAGGGACUGGUGGAGGUGCUGAGAGCCGUCGAUGUCCGAGUAGAAGCAGAUUUCCGGGAGGGAUACUCUCCAGGAUGGAAGUUCAAUGACUGGGAGUUGAAGGGCGUCCCUCUUCGUCUGGAGUUCGGACCUGGAGAGAGCAAGGGCCACUACGUCACGGCAUCUCGACGAGACCUGCCAAAGGCCGAGAGCAAGAGUCAGAUUGCCAUCAGCGAACUCAACACUGCCGUCCCGGAGCUGCUGAACACCAUUCAGAAAGACCUGUACGAUCGAGCGGACGCCAAAUACAAGUCGCACGUCAAGAAGGUGACCAACUGGGAUGAUUUCGUUCCGGCCCUGAACGACAAGAACGUCAUCCUGUUGCCUCACUGCUUGACUGAGGAGUGCGAGGACCAGAUCAAGGAGAACAGUGCUCGUAAGGCGGAAGAACAGAGCGGCGUGCCCCAGGAUGAACGAGCUCCAAGCAUGGGUGCGAAGAGUCUCUGCAUCCCGUUCGAUCAACCUGAGGGCAUCGAGAAGGGGGUGACCAAAUGCGGAAAUCCAAGCUGCUCGAAACUAGCCGAGGCAUGGUGCAUGUUCGGUCGAUCAUAUUAG